AUGGACGGCCACGGCGAUAUGGAUAUGGGCAACCAAUGCAGUAUGAACAUGCACUUCACCUUCUCCUCACAUAACCUUUGUAUUAUCUUCAAACAAUGGCAGAUAAAGGGUCCCUUCUCUCUUGUCCUCUCGCUCGUGGCCAUUGCACUUCUGACAGCGGGUUAUGAGGGUGUCCGUGAGCUUGCUUGCAGGUAUGAGGCAGGACAGAGGCUGUUAUUGAAGGAUGGGAGUAUCCCCGAGGCGCGGGGUUAUAUAUCCAAUGACGAGACACUGGCCAACAACGACAAUGAUAAUGGCCUUCCCACUUCCAAUUCCAAUUCCAAUUCCCCCCUCCUCCAUAACGGCGAAGCAUCCAGCUCACUACUCUUCGCAGCGCGAACAAACAGGAGGAGGAGGGGCAAGCUGGUUCUGGCGGCCUUUUAUGCCGUGCAAGUCUUCUAUAGUUUUAUGAUUAUGCUCCUCUUCAUGACGUACAAUGGCUGGGUUAUGCUUGCGGUUACUGCGGGAGCGUUUUUGGGAUACUUGAUGUUUGGAGGCGCGGCGACGAAGGCGGUUUCCUGCCAUUGA